AUGACCAUGGAAUUGUCAGCUGUUCUCUUACGUGACAUUAGCAGAUUAUAUAACGACGCAGACGAUUAUAAUGUUUCAUUACAAGUUGGUGAAGAACCAAAUAUCGAAGUGUUUAAAGCACAUUCGGUGAUUUUACGCGCAAGAUCACUUUAUUUUCGAGCUGCGUUAAGUACCAACUGGGGCAAAACAGAAGCUGGCGUCUUCGUUUUUAAGAAACCAAAUAUUUCACCAAAUAUUUUUAGGAUUCUGUUAAAAUACAUCUACACAGGACUGUUCUUGACCGAUGAAUCUGAUAGUGAUAUAAAUCUUAUUGACUUACUGAUAGCCGCAGAUGAGCUAUCACUUAUAGAAUUAGCCGACUACAUACAAAAAAGAAUUAUAAGAAUGAGCCGAGAAUGGUUUCUGAGUAACGGAGUUCACCUAUUAAACACAAUUUCGCGAUAUAAAAUGUUUAAAAUCCUUCAGGAACAUUAUGAUAAUCUUAUGAUUAAAGAUCCAAAUAUUUUUUUCGAAUGUGAGGAUUUCGAUGAAUUGAAUGAAGAAGAUCUACUAUCUUUAAUUAAGCAAGAUAACCUACAUAUAGAAGAAAUAAGUAUAUGGGAUCGCGUUAUAAAAUGGGGGUUGUCGCGGAAUCCAUCCAUAAGAUCAGAUCCAAUAUCUUGGACUUCGGACGACUACGAGGCUUUGCAAAAGACGAUUCAUAGAUGUAUACCGCAUAUCCGAUUUAUUCACAUGUCACCAGCAGAUUAUUUUUACAAAAUUCGACCGGUUACAAGACUUUUGUCAAAGGAGUUGGAUGAUGACAUAGCAUCACAUUUUAUAAUUAAGGAUAAUCAAUCUGAAACAAACUGGUUACCACCUAGAAAACCAAAGGAAAUAUUAGAAUCAGAAAUAAUCGAUACCAGAUGUACAGACAUAUUUUCAAAUUGGAUCGAUCGCAAAGCAUUGGAUAAUAUUCAACAAUUUAAUCAAUACAGUUAUAAAUUACUCUUAAGAGGUAGCAGAGAUGGAUUCGAUGUUGAGACUUUUAAAUCUAAAUGUUUUGAUAAAGGAGCGACGAUUAUCGUGAUCAAAUUGAAAGGGGAAAAAAAAGUUAUUGGGGGAUACAAUCCAGUUAGAUGGUCUGGAUCAGAACAUUAUAUCAUCACGACAGAAAGUUUUUUGUUUUCCAUUCCAUUGGAUUUAGAUCCCACCAGAAUCAUUCUAAGUAGAGUAGUUGGCGCUGCGCAAGCUAUUGCCGAUUCUAAUGAACAGUGGGUAGGAUUUGGCGAUAGUGACUUAUACAUAUUCCGUAAAAUUUGCGAAAGAGAAGAUUAUGAGUUUAAUAUUAUUGACAAUAAAUCAUUUGACAUGGAAGAUUAUGAAGUAUUUCAGGUUAUCAAAGCGUAA